UAAUAUUUAAUAAUUUAAUCAGUGUGGAAUCAUCUUUCGCAGCAAACAAAAAGUGCUUAAAUUUACAUAAGAAUUAACUACAUGAAAUUAGAAAACUAUUCCUUAAGUCCAUUUAUCCUGCGAUUAGGAAUUAGGCACUUCCUGUAACCUUAAGUAGGCCAUGAGGGAAACCAUGAAUUUAUGCAUUGCGCAUACGCACUGUUUGCCCGCUAUCAGUCGCAACAAAUUAAUGCGACAUGGCAGCAAUUAGUCCGGCCCUGCUAAAUGAUUUAAAACUUGCGCCAAAAGUUUUGUCUUCACUCCUCCGCUUGUUUGUCCGCUACAUUUUGCGCAAAACUUUUAAUUAUUACACACUUGCGAGUUGUUGUUCAAUUUGUUCGCGAUGCUGCCAGAUUAUAAACUUUUGUCGAGUUCAAUUAUGUACGCCGAAUCGUCGUCAUUGUUUGUUCUAAUUCGCUCCCAUCAACUUUUGUGCUCUGGACGUCUCAUUUCGAUGUGCAAUUAACGCUCGUGCCCGGAAUGGCGUGAAUUUUUCAUACGAAACUUGGAGUAACUUCGCCUUAGACGGCCUGGUGCCCGAAAUCAAACUAUAUUUCCAGAUGCCAUGUUCGAGGCAGAUAUCACCAUCUGGCCGUUUUUCCACACGGAAUCGGUGGUUGAGAGACGAAGAUAUAUCAUCAGGGUUUUCCUGGAUUUCUGCCUUUUUGUCGUUAUAGGAUUUGUGCACUGGAUCCUCAUGCUAACCUUGCUGCAGGAAUGGUUUCUGGACUUGGUAAAAGAGCACUCAUCUGCGUUGCUCCUAGCUUUUGUAUUUGGCAUUUUCCUGCUUUUUCUGUUUGCCAUUAGUAAGCCGCUGCGGAAAAUGUCCUGUGUCAACUGGCUGAUUACGCUUAUUAUCGUGGGUAUCCCAACACUCGAAAUACCUAACCAUGUAACCCCAUAUCAUAUUAAGGUGGAAUGUGUGGUGAUUUCACUCGGUGUGCUGAUCGUAUCCUCGGGAGUACUUUACAUGCUUGCCGGAUUGCUGAUAGUUGCCCUAGCAUUUGUGCUAUGCACACUCAUUGCUGCUUUAAUGGCGUAUGACCUCACUGGCACCGGACUGUACCUAUAUGCCCUAGCUACUGGCACUUACAUACUGAGCAUAUACUCCUUGGUAUUGCAUGCGGUGCUCGACGUGAUCUGGGGAUUUUAUCUCUUUGCAUUCUGCAUCGGUUGUGUGGUGAUGAUGUUCCUGAUGUAUCAUGUGCAGUGCAUCAUGGGCGGAAGAAGGGCCUCGACCAAGUUGUUCGAUGACAAGUUCGCCGCCCUGCUGCUGUUCCACGAGUUCAUAGGUCUCUUUGUGCUAACCCUCUACUGGCGGCCCAUCAUGCAGCGCCUGCAGUUGAAACAAUAA